UCAACAAAUUUCAUUGGCAGUUUUCAAUCUGUUCAUCGUACGUGAUACUCAGGGGAGAAAUCCCUUCAACGUUACCCGUCAUUGGAGCAGUUGAAAGUGCAUUACUGCAUAUUGAUUACGCUUGCCAGCAACAUUCAGUGAACUACUUCCACUCGCCUGGAUUACUUGUCAGAAAGUGAGUUUUUGCAUCAGGAAUAGUAAAAAAAAUUAAAAUAUACAAAAAAAACAUUAAUUCAAUCUUGACGGGUCGUCUUUGAAAAUCCAAAAAAAUAUUAAGUUAUAAGCGAUCAACGUUUGAGGUUAGAAACCCGAUUUGCAGGUGAUUGAUUGAUAUAUAGUGAAUCAGGCCUCGUCCCUUGCCGCUAAGAUUUCGCCAGUGAGUAUAUGCAACGCCAUCCGCCCUGCCGCUUCCAGAACUUGGUCGGCCCCGAAGGCUCCGUCAAGUAUAACAGUACUUCCUCUGCUCGCGUAUUAUUCCCGUGGACUCUACUUCUCUCUUUCCAACGCUCUUCCUUUCCCUUCUACCUUCGUGUCCGUCCGUCUGUCCGAAGAACGGUACUACGCUCUUCCUCCUCUCAGCUCAGGUCAUCAGUUUCUGUCCCUCUCACACCCCCGUGUUUGGUCCAAGUCUGAGCAUCCUCUUGGGCUUGGAAACCAGUUCGAGCAUUGGACCACACUAUUCAGCUCAUCGGAAGGUUGGUUCCUGUGUAAGCAGGCGACCCUUGUUGCACCUGCCAUCCGGAGUCCACCUUCACUAAAAAAAGAUUUCGGGUUUACGGAAAAGGAUUGAAGAAAGUCACAGGAUUCUAAGGGACUUAUAAAAGAAGCCUCAGUACCCGUGUGCUCGAUAAAAAAGGAUCAAGCGUCUUUUUGAAACCGGAACCAGAAGCACGUGCGAGGCAUAUUGCGGAAAAUUAUAAGAGUUUUCUCGAGUUUGAAUUGGAAGAAUGCUCUUGCGCCAGAUGAAACGUCAAACUUGAAAUCAAAGCAAGAUCGAAUGAUCGCUUUUAUCGUCGCUUUUGAGCGUUGAAAUUUUUAAUCAAAUAAUAUACGUGUUUUAAAUAUAUUUACCACGAAGAACGGGAUUGGGUACCAAGAAAGACAGAGAGAGAGAGAACUUCUGAACAAGGAACUGAAGACUAAUUUAUUCUAAUUUUCGAGGAUCGGCAUUUUGUGUAUAGAGUUAUGUAUGAGCCCUUUUUAUAGCACAUUGGCUAAUUUGCGGUGUACGGUCUAUCGUAUUUGCUGUUUGUAGACUGCUAGUUUCAGGAGAAACUGAAAGACAGCGAAGAAUAGUCAACCAGUAGUGGUGACUAAUUGGUAUUUGCUGGUUCACAGUUUUAUGAGCGAGUUCAGUUACUGUUUUACAACUCAUCGUAGUAUUAAUCUUCGCGGAAACGUGUUUCAGUGAAAAAAGAUCGUGUUUAUUUGUGUCCUUGCUUGAACCGAUGGAUAAAUAAAAGGAAUAUAGAAGAUAAUCGAAAUGAAAACUACACAUAGAACCUUUAGUUUCGAUGACCCCUCCAUGGAUAGCUAUCCCCUUGCCACGGUGACUGAAGGCAGGGUUAGUGAAUCACCUUAUUCAUUGAGCAAGGAAAAAAUCAAAGAAAUAGACGUUACAUCAUUAGAAGAAGCUAAACUAGUGAUCGCUGCCCUCAAAACAAGACAGAAAGAGCAGGCCUCCGCCCAUGCAUACCAAACUCUUACGUGGAGGAGAACGCUAAAAGUGCAAGAGGAGUUGUUAGCUCGACUAAGGAAGGAAAAGGGGGAUUUAUUGAAAUAUAUAUCCUCACAGCUGCUUCUUUUCGAAUCACGUCUCUGUCGGAAACAAAAGAAAAUUGAAGCGGACCUGGCACAGAGGGAAGCAAUUAUUUUAAAACAACAAAGGGUCAUUCGACAACUACAGAGCAGAUUGAAUGAAAGGAAUACAGAAAUCAGAGAUUCUCCGCCAUGUGAUGCUUUGGACCGUCUAGACAGCAUGGGGGACAGUGAUAGCGCCGUCGUUUUAGAAGAAUCUAUCGACGACCCAACACCUCCUAGAUUUCGUUCCAAUAUAACCGACGUGACAGUAAUCCGAUCAGUGUCAGAUGCAGUGGAACCAUCUAGUAAAUACUCGUCGAUGAGACGAGGCAAUGGAUACCUUAGAAGACCUGAAGUCUUAGAAACUGUCUAUUCUGUAGAAGAAGAUGGAGAUAAUGAAAACAAACAAGAUCCUUCGGAGUCGACUGAGAAUUCAGAAUGUGAUGACAGGAGAGCGAAAAGUCUUGGUUCUGGAAAAGGGCGACUUCAAGAUCUUUACGGUAGCUUCGAACGUCUUGCACAAGAAGCAGAUUCCCCACGAAGUGAAAGACCCAGGGACGAUAGUCAACAAGCUCAGGUGACUUACAACAGGGUGAUGAGUAAUCACAGGUCGGUUACAAAACCAAAAGAUGUAAAAUAUAAAAGAAUUAACAAAGCGAAAUCCAAAAGUUUAGAGGAACUUCGAGGCCGAUUAAGGAAUUGGGUGGAAAAAGGAAACAAGAUUGCUAUCUCCUUGGAUCAAUCUUACGCAUGAAGUAAAUUGAAGGGAUAUGUACGUGUUUGUGUGUAUGUGUUAAGUUAUUUUUCUAAGCGAUAUGUGAUAUAGUGGUACCUUAUUUAGCUCAGCGAGAAAAGACCAUGUAAAUACACAAUUCAUGAGGUAUAAUAUCUAUAACUUUAUCGUCCGCCGAUGACAAUUAAAAUCCCCAAUGUUUCCUUUUACACUUUCUCCAUCUUGUUUUCAUUUAGCAGACGUAACUCGCACUGCCGCAUGUACAGUGGUGUAUUUCUCAUAUAGACUGCAUAGGCUGCAGAUUAGGCCGGCAAAAUUUUGGAGGCGGCAGAAUUUUCGUGCGAAUUUUUUUUUUUAAUUUGUGAUUUUUUUCUACACAGAUGCAGCCUGAGCGUGGUGAAAAAAAUGGACGCCUGCGGAUGCAAAAAAUAGAAAUAGAAUUAUUUUUUGGAGUGGGAAGGCCCCUGAGCAUUUGAGAAUAACAUUUCGAAUUUUAAAUUCUGAUAUACGUAUCUGCAUUAGAAAAUUUAAGUACGCAUACUUUUUUCUUAGUAUAAAAAGUUGUAACUUUCUUAGUUUUUGAAUUAUUUAUAAUUAUCUUCUGCGGCCGUUGUCGUUAGCUUGAGUUCAAAAUGUUGGUUAGAAAAAAAGUUAAUAAUUUUUUCUGUGUUGCACGAUGCGUGCACAAACAAUUUCGAUCGUUUCGGGAGUCGAACGAAUUUUGAGCAAUCGAAAAACUGUCAGUGUGAAAGUUGUUCAGGAAGGUUCAAAGAAGUUUUCUGGAAAUUUUUAGCUCAAUUGAAAUAUCAGUGAUAAAACUGUUAACUUUUUAAUUUUCCUGUGCGAUUGAUUUGCUCCCUUGUAUGCUGCGCUUCAGUCGGUAGACGUUACUACAUCGUUAUAAACUCCGAAGUAGAUGCCGGUUAGAUACAGAUAAUUUUUAUUAAAAAAAAAAGAAUCAGGACUUUUUUUGAGUUGAGUGAAAUUUGUAGUGAUACUUUAGAAUAAUUUCCAUUAAAUUUUUGGUAGUUUAAAAAAUAUAUA